UCAAACCCAUUUGAAUUUCUGUAUAUUUCUUGUAAUCAUCUACGUCUACAUAUAAAACACUCCAAUCCAAGUAUUUAAUGGUCACCAAUCUGCGUUUGGUGAUGACUAUGAAAUUGUCGUAACAAACCUACCAGUGGACUUUUGAAAACGAUCUUGCCACCGGACUGACUAAAUCGUAGCCCUUGAUGGGGCAUUGCUGUAGCAAAGACGCCGUCGUAGACUCGGUCGUCAAAGAUGACAAUAACGCCGGAUCCACCGUCCCUAACCGACCACGCAGUCCCAGACCGUCUGCUGUUGUUGCUAACGGAACAAACGGGAGGUCAAGUAGCAAUACUCCGACUCAUUCCUUCACCGGAAGUCCAUGGCAGAGUACGUAUCCAGCGGGAGUGCCUCCGACGCCAUCACCAGCGAGGACACCGAGGAGGAUGUUCAAGUGGCCGUUCCCACCUCCGUCUCCGGCGAAGCCGAUCAUGUCGGCGAUUCUGACACGGCAGGGUAAGGGAAAAGGAAAGGGAAACACGACGCCGACGGGAACGGGAACGGGGACCAUACCGGAAGAUGAAGGGGGAGAUGGAGAGAGAGCGCUGGAUAAGAGUUUUGGGUACCAGAGGAACUUUGGGUCAAAGUAUGAGUUGGGGAAGGAGGUCGGAAGAGGGCAUUUUGGUCAUACUUGUUGGGCCAAGGGCAAAAAGGGAGCUCUCAAGAAUCAGCCUGUUGCUGUCAAAAUCAUUUCCAAAGCUAAGAUGACAACAGCUAUAUCAAUUGAAGAUGUACGGAGGGAGGUGAAGUUAUUGAAGGGCUUAUGUGGACAUCAGCACAUGGUCCAGUUCCAUGAUGCAUUUGAAGAUGAUCAGAAUGUAUACAUAGUCAUGGAACUGUGUGAAGGGGGAGAACUUUUGGACCGCAUUUUAUCCAGAGGUGGAAGAUACACAGAAAAUGAUGCUAAAUCCAUCAUUGUCCAAAUUUUGAGUGUAGCUUCCUUUUGUCAUCUUCAGGGUGUUGUGCACCGUGAUUUAAAGCCAGAGAACUUUCUUUUCAGCACAAAAAAUGAAGAUUCUCCAUUGAAGGUUAUAGAUUUCGGUUUAUCCGAUUUUGCAAGACCAGACCAACGGCUGAAUGAUAUUGUUGGCAGUGCAUACUAUGUUGCACCAGAAGUACUCCACAGAUCAUACAACGUGGAGGCUGACAUUUGGAGUAUCGGUGUUAUAACAUAUAUACUAUUAUGUGGAAGCAGACCGUUCUUUGCUCGAACAGAAUCUGGAAUCUUCCGUUCUGUGCUGAGGGCUGAUCCUAAUCUUAAUGACUCACCUUGGCCUUCAAUAUCUCCAGAAGCCAAAGAUUUUGUCAAAAGACUUCUUAACAAGGAUCAUAGGAAACGAAUGACCGCCUCCCAAGCCUUGACGCACCCGUGGCUAUUAGAUGAAAACCGAGCUGUGCCUUUAGACAUUCUGAUCUACAAAUUAGUCAAGUCUUAUCUUCGAGCCUCCCCUUUAAAGCGUGCAGCACUCAAGGCUCUUUCAAAAGCUUUGACUGAAGAUGAGCUUGUUUACUUACGGGCUCAGUUUGAUCUCUUGGAACCAAAAGAUGGGUGUGUUUCUCUAGACAAUUUUAGAACGGCUCUGGUGAAAAAUUCAACUGCUGCCAUGAAAGAAUCAAGGGUCCUUGAUAUCUUGGAUACAAUGAAGCCUCUAUCUUAUACUCGAUUGACGUUUGAGGAGUUCUGUGCUGCCGCAAUUAGUCCACAUCAACUCGAGGCUCUUGAAGGAUGGGAAACAAUUGCCAGUACAGCUUUCGAAUAUUUUGAACUAGAAGGAAACCGAGUUAUUUCAGUAGAUGCAUUAGCACAGGAAAUGAACGUGGGGCCAUCAGCGCACUCGAUACUGAAGGAUUGGAUAAGAGGUACGGAUGGGAAACUCAACUUUCUUGGAUAUGCCAAGCUUUUGCAUGGUUUGACGAUUCGUAGCUCCAACACAAGGCAUCAUUAAGAAAGAUAGGUUGUUAUUCUUGUUUGUUUAUUCAUAAUUUGUUUCGGACGCAUAAACAAAAAGGGCAGCAAUGGGGAAAACCGAACCGAAAAAAGAUAGGGCGAUGUCGAUGAGACGAGACUGAUGACAUUUGUGGUUGUCAAAAUUGAUUUAUUGUGAACUGGUGUUUAUUAAAAUUGUAAAGGAAGGGUCAGUUUAUUUUUUUUCCAGAUUAAAGAUUUAUUUGUAUCAUCAGGAUUGUCACAUUACAAACAAUGUUUAUGAUAAAUUCACAGAUUCUAGAGGGCUUAA